AUGCAGCACAAGAUCGACGACGCCAAGAUUGGGCCAGGGGUGGAGCUCUGCGAUCCUGUCCGUCUGGCUCUACUAAGGCGGCUGAAGGGGAUCCUGGGAGCCGAUCAAAAGGUGUCUCGGGGGGUUCAGGCCACUCUUCUGCUCUGCGAUCUCCAGUACAUAGAAGAAAUGUGCAAGUCAUUAGACAGUGCGUCUAGCGUAGGAAAAGGCUUGAUCCAACGAGGACUCUCUAUCUCAAAGCAGGAGGACGAAAUCGUCGCCAAAUGGUGCCAGAAACCCCGUCCAAGUUCCACCACCCCUUCUGGCCGAUCACUCUCGCUACGACGCAGUCGUCCUGAACCAUCACCACUUCGACAAGCUCUGCCAAGCACAGUGGGAGAACUAAAGGAGACUGAGACCUCGCUCCAACCCCCCAAACGAAAACGGAGUACAUCUCUGAGUGCAUCCUCUGGUUCGAGUGGAAAUAGUAGAUCAAAAAUAAUCAGCAUGAAGUGUAAGGAGCGAGACGACUACAAGUGUAUCGUCACUAAGAGCGCUGGGCCAAUCGACGCCGCGCAUAUCUUCCCUGUUUCUCUCAAUAAAGGGGACGAGCGAGCGAGCUUUUUUGGCUUGCUCAAAGAAUUCUGGGCCCAGCGCAUCGAGAAGUGGGAAAGCCGCUUAAACAACGGCACUGAGUUUAUUGAAAAUGAGAUGUCUUUUUCUCCUUCCAUCCACCGGUACCACUCAGCAGGGUUGUUUGGUCUUCAGCCUAUUGAAGCCUCAUCGGACGGGAAGUCUUUGAAACUCGGGUUCUACUGGCUCGAUAAACGCCAAACUGAGAGCUCUGCUGAGAUGGUCGACCUCAUGAAUAUCCCUGCCCUCGCCCAUGAUUUCCGACCGAAAGAUAUCGCCAUCUGCAGCUCCCGGGAUGAGCACAUCAUCAGGUCGGGUGAGGUCAUUGAGUUAACAACGGAGGACCCUGAGGAAUUACCGUUGCCGGACUGGGAUUUACUAGAGUUGCAAUGGGUUCUUCAACGCCUGACAGCGCUGAAGGGGGCUGCAUACGUUCCAGACAAGGUCCUUGACGACAGUGAUGAUAGUGACUACGAAGGCUCGGCGUACCUCAUGUAUGAUGGGAUGGAGCAAGACGACGAUUCCCACAAAAGACGCAGUGAAUGUGAUGAGGGCUGGCAGCGUGCGAGGAUCGACGACUGGGUUGGCCAGAUCCAGCCGCAGACAUGGGUUUAA